AUGUACUUUUUCGGUUUGUUGCACAAAUUUCAAAAAAUUCAGGUACGAAAACUAGGACUUUUCGAAGCAAGUAAUAUAUUUUACUUUCGUAAAAUAUGUGAAGCAAUAGGCUUAUUAUCAUUAGCAAUAUUUUUGCAACUGCAACAACGAUUCAUCUUAUCAGCACUGAUCCUGGGAUUAGCUUGGCAGCAAUUGGGAUGGUUAAUUCACGAAUAUGCACAUCAUCAACAUUUUAAAAAUCACUACUGGAAUGAUAUAGUAUCAUAUAUUGUUGGAAAUUUACUGCAAGGUUUCUCAAGUGGUGGUUGGAAAGAACAACAUAAUAUGCAUCAUGCAGCAACAAAUAUUAUCGGUCGUGAUGGUGACAUUAAUUUAAUGCCAUUUUGGGCUAUUGUACCAACAGAUUUGGAACAAAUACAAAAAAGUUGGUUAUUAAAAGUCAUACCAUAUCAACAUAUUUAUUGGACUAUAGCUUUCCCAUUCUUACGAAUUUCAUGGCUUUUGCAAUCGAUCACUUUUGUUGCAAAUAUGCCAAAUAGUCCUUUUGAGAUUCAUAGGAAGAGGGCAAUAUUUGAGCGUUCGAUGCUAUUAUUACAUUGGUGCAUGGUGUUCAUUCAACUUUAUUACUUACCAACAUUUCAAAUACGAUUAAUUUAUUUCAUCAUAUCACAAUUAUUCGCUGGAUUUCUCUUAGCUCAUGUUGUUACGUACAAUCAUUACUCUACUCCAAAAUUUAAAUAUAAUGAUCCAAUUUUGACGAGUUAUGUUUGUUUACAACUUUAUACAACCAGAAAUAUGCAGCCAGGAAUUUUAGUUGAUUGGUUAUGGGGUGGAUUAAAUUAUCAAAUUGAACAUCAUUUAUUUCCAACUAUGCCAAGACAUAAUUUGAAAACGGUGAUGCCAUUAGUGAAGGAAUUUUGCAUGGAAAAUAAUUUACCCUAUAUGGUAAAUGGAUAUUUUGAAGGAUGGCUUAUGGAAAUUCAACAAAUGGCUGCAGUUGCAAAAUUAGCACAACGAUUUUAUAUCAAAACUAAAGCAUAUGAAAAAUGA